GAUAAAACAGUUAUAGAAUAUACAAGAUCCAUAUAUAUUGCAACGUCAAAGAAAGAUAACAUGAUGCAAAAAGGAAAUAUGAAUAAUUAUUGGCUGAUGUUAAUUUGAUUUAUGAUGAAGAUGGAAAAGAACGUCAAUAUUCAGUUGAUUUUCAGAGAUUAAUUCAUUUCUAUAAAUUCCUGGCUCGUCGACCUGAUAGUGAAUAAUCAAACUAAUCAGUGAU